AUGUGCAUGUCGGACGACAAGUGCUGCUCGGGGAGUUGCGUCGGCGGCGGCUCUAUGAUCCCUGGGCAGGUUCUGGGUCGCUGCGCCGAUGGGGCCAGCCUCGCGCAGACGGAUCAGUCGCAGGGUGACACGACGCAGGGCGGCGACUCUGACCAGGAGGAGGGCGGCUGCAAGUCCAACGGCGAUAUGUGCAUGUCGGACGACAAGUGCUGCUCGGGGAGUUGCGUCGGCGGCGGCUCUAUGAUCCCUGGGCAGGUUCUGGGUCGCUGCGCCGGUGGGGCCAGCCUCGCGCAGACGGAUCAGUCGCAGGGUGACACGACGCAGGGCGGCGACUCUGACCAGGAGGAGGGCGGCUGCAAGUCCAACGGCGAUAUGUGCAUGUCGGACGACAAGUGCUGCUCGGGGAGUUGCGUCGGCGGCGGCUCUAUGAUCCCUGGGCAGGUUCUGGGUCGCUGCGCCGAUGGGGCCAGCCUCGCGCAGACGGAUCAGUCGCAGGGUGACACGACGCAGGGCGGCGACUCUGACUAG